AUGCAGAUCACCAGCAUUGCCAUUGUCCUCUUCGCCGCAAUGGGCGCGGUUGCCAACCCCAUCGCGACCGAGUCGGAUGAUCUUGUUGCCCGAGACGUACAGCUUAGUAAAUUCGGAGGAGAAUGCAGCUUGAAACACAACACGUGCACAUACCGAAAGGGUGGAAAGGACCACGUAGUCAAUUGCGGUUCGGCUGCCAACAAGAAGUGCAAGUCUGAUCGCCACCACUGUGAAUACGAUGAGCACCACAAGACGGUUGACUGCCAGACCCCAGUUUGA